UCGAAACAAUUUAGUAGACUACGCAAUAAACGCAGGGAUUAAUGAAAAUUUUAAAAUUAGCUUCUUUUUAUCGAUUCACUAGAACACGAUGAUCUAGCUAAUGUUACUUAAUUCGGGUGAGGUUUUUACCGCCUCUGCGUUAUUGUCCUCUAAAAGCAAUGUUUUGCUCCUGCUCGAAGUCAGUGUCGCAAUGAAGUUGGUAGGCAAAACACUACUGAUAAGUGCUCUCGUUCUUUUCGUUCAGCAAGCGAGAUCACUCCGCUUCCAUUGUGACGGAGAUUUCAUAUGUGAAAUAUGGCACUGGAACCCAACCGAGGAGGGAGCGUUGGUGUUGGAGCAGAUCCCAAUUACGCACGGUGCUAUCGAGCUGCACAAUUUUUUGGCUACGGAAAUAUCCAGCAAUUUGUUCGCGUAUUUUGAGGCACAGCGUCGCAACAUUUUGGAGAUGCAUACCACAAUCACUGUGAUCGGGUCAACGCUGCGCGGUUUUGUGGUGGAAGACAAUGCUACCUACUACAAUGUAUGCCUUGAGAAAACUCAACUCAACCAUAUAUCUUUCGGGACGCGGUGCAAUUUGGAGACUUUAAAGAUACAACACAGCAACCUCGAGCAAUUGCCACAAUCAAUAGGCAACCUGAAGGCGUUGAAAAGUUUAACACUGAGUCACUCGCUUAUUCAAGCGAUUGAUCUCAACUUGCUAGCUGAAUUGUUCCGUUUAGUUUUGCUAGAUUUGAGCAAAAACCGGCUACACUCACUGUACGACUCGUGUGCCAGGACAACGACACACCCGUAUCCGUUGCUGUCUGAGCUAUACCUAGGAGAAAACAAGCUGAAAAGUAUCAACAUGGACGUGUUCCAGCCGAUGGUGUCACUCACUAGGCUCGAUCUGUCCCACAACCACAUCAGCGUGGUAUCGGGCUCGUUGGUGGCGACCAGUUUGAUCUCGCUCGAUUUGUCCUACAAUCGUCUAGUGGAGAUGGAUUGCUGUGGAUGGGUGAUUCCAAAGCUGUACGGUAUGGUCAUUAACGACAAUCGAUUGCCAGCGUUGCCCAGGUGUCUUGAGCAUGCUUUCCAGAAUGUGACUCGUUUGGCGUUUGACACUAAUCAACUUCAGCCCGAUAUAAUGUUCCAGCUCGGCAGACUUACGAACAUUCAGAUAUUAAGCCUAACGGACAACAAGCUGACAAACGUUCCGCUGAACGAGAGUACCAUACCCAACCAACUAAAGUAUUUGAAUCUCGGGCACAACAACUUAAAACGCCUGGAUGUACCGUAUGUACCGAGCAAAGAUUUACACAUCGACGUUAGCUCGAACUGCAUUAGCAAAAUAGAUUGGGACAGAGUUUCGGCCAAUCUAACGAAAUUAGGAAUGGAAGGAAAUCCAUUGGACUGCAGUUUCUACAGCAUUUCCACUAGAGCGGACAUUCAGUCGAAACUGGUAUGUAAAAAGCACCGCAUUGAGCGUUGUGAUGCAUAAACUUGCGAAAAUGAAUGUCAAUUAUAAUGAUGAUGAUCCAGGGUACCAAAGCAAUAAAUUCGAAUACAUUCGU